UUUAGAAUCUGCACAAUGCAAAGAAAUUUUGAUAGUGAGAACGAGGCUAUACUCAACCGAGGACAACCAAACAUUCUUUUUAGGCCAUACUCUUCGCACGUGAAGACGUUACCUCGCAAAACAAUCAUUAUGGGUCGCCUACGACGCAAAAGAGUGCACAAAAAUAUAAAAGACUUUAAGAAAAAGUGUCGUACAAGGAAGAGGACAAAGGAUCUAGACCAGAUCCACGAGGACAUGAAGCCGGAAAACACAAAUAAGUUGCUGGAAAUGGCUUCAACUGACAGUAACGAUUUGCCAGGUGGCGGUCAGUACUAUUGUGUACACUGUGCGAAAUUUUGCAUUAAUGACAAGGCUCUUGCUGACCACAUGAAGUCAAAAGUCCAUAAAAGAAGAAUGAGAUUGCUGAAAGAGAAGCCUUAUACCCAAGAGGAAGCAGAAAUGGCUGCUGGAAUGGGAUCAUAUACAGUUAGUCCUAAAAUUCCAAAUCAAAACCUUCAAAAAAUUAUUCAAAUGGAUAGUACUGCAUCAACUGCUGAUGAAUCAUUGAUGUCUCCCUAGGCCUGCAAUAUCAUAUUUAUGAAAUUGAGUCAUUUUCAAUAUGGUAACACUUAUGUUAUAGUUCAGAAUCAGCGUUCAUCUUUGGGUAAAUCACGAGUGCUAGUUUGUCAAAGUAGAUUGUCAGCAGACACACUCUUGGGAAAAACCAUAUUGUGAGAAAAAAUAAUGGAUCUAGAAAUAGAGGACCCCAAGACAAGUAUGCGUAAAUAACUCCUCUAUUUCAAAUAUUGAUAUUUUCACAUCGCUGGUGCAUUGCGCUUUUGGAGGCAGAUACCCUCAUUUUGACACCAUCGCCACAUUUCAGACAUCACCUGGCUAGACAUAUCCACACAUGGCAAACAAGGGCACACAACUUUCAUUAUUUUCUAUUCAAGAAGUUCACACUUAGGAUAUUUUACAGAAGUCAUAACUUCUAAAUAAUGUUUCUAAAUGUGAAUGUAGUAAUAAUGAAUUAAACAAAAGGAAAACAGAAUCCAUUGCA